ACUUCAGAGCUGUUCUUCUGGGAAGACCCUUGUAAGGCGGGCAUUAAGGUAUCAGAGACGGAUGGGACCAAAUAUUUCCAUGGGCCGGGCACCGGGACACCCGUGUUCCUGGCCCAUGGCAGGGCCAAGAGCAGGGACUUCAUCAAGGGGGAGACACAAUCUUCCUGCUCAUCAUGGAGGGUAAGAAGCCCUGAAAAGUUCCACUGGUCCCAGAUCUGUUAAUUGCUUUCUCGCCAACUACUAUGGUCAUUGCCACGUUUGACAAGAUUGCACAAACAGAUCUGGGACCAGGCUACUGAAAUGCUAAUAUUAUAAAAAACAUGCUAAAACUAUUCUCUACAUUUUCUGAAAGCAUGAACGAUUCUCUCUAUGUUUAGCAUACCAUAUUCCAUAUAUAUAUAUAUCCCAUUAACACUACCUUUUUGGUUAUCAUCACACUCAUUCAAAUACCAUGGUCCUCCUAUUUACCAACACGUCCACAUCAUAUGAAGGUUCAUUACCAAUUCACACCCACUCGCCAUUCCUAUAACCAAUCAUGCUAUCCAAUCCCAUCCGUGUCUGUACAUUCAUUUCUAUGUUAAUACUAUAUGUGCUCGUCCUCAUCUCAUCACGUAUAGUACCAGUCAAAAGUUUGGACACACCAACUCAUUCCAAGGUUUUAACACUUUUUAGGUAACUAUACGAUUCCAUAUGUGUUAUUUCAUAGUUUUGAUGUCUUCACUAUUAUUCUACAAUGUAGAAAAUAGUAAAAAUAAAGAAAAACCAUUGAAUGAGUAGGUGUCCAAACUUUUGACUGGUGCUGUAUAUGAUGUUGGUGAUGACUGGUGGUACUAUGGAAAGAAUUGUCAGUAUCUGGGCUCCACCCAGGACACAGUGACCACAGCGCUGAUAGCCUCUUUCUCUAUGCUGGGUGACAUGUUGGUGGUGACAGUGGACAGUUUGGCAUGUGUGAAGAGGAGUACAAGAACAGCGGUGGUGGAGGAGACAGGGGCAUCACAAUGUCCAAUGUCAGCGUUAGUGUGUUUUCUCCCUGCCAGCACCAAAACUACCCAUGGCCAGCAU